CUCGCCAAGGAUAGGCCUGAUAUCUCUCGUGGAAAGUCUCCUUAUUUAAGGUUGACAGCGUGCAAACUACUUACUCGUAUUUUCUAUGGCUUUAAAUGCUGAGAUCUUUAAGAUCUACAGAGUUUGACUAAAUAAUGACUAUCGAACUUGGCCAUGGACAAGUGUUUGUAUUAGCGUGCCUGCAGCCUUCUUACUUCUCCUACAUGCUUUACAACAUCUUCAGAAUGUGCAACCAAGAAGUCAACAAGAAGCAAAAACCAAAACAAUAUGUCAAACAAACUCUCGAGGUGCUUCAGGUUUAUUUGCCUAUACCCGGCUUACUCAGCUUGUGCUACCUUGAAGGAUUAGAAUUCUGUCUUUAAUCAGGGGAACGACCCCCAAAAAGCUUGGGCUACGUAGGUACUUUACCUAGAAUUCAAUGGCAUACGGAGGUAAAGCAGCAGCUUGGUUGUUGUUUUUAGAAGUUUACAAUGCAACUUAUCUAAAGUACCUAGGUAGUGAUGGAUUCAGAUCCUUGGUAAGAAUGAGAAUUUUUCCGGUAAUUGGAAAGAGUGAUUUUAUCAAACCACCGGAGGAAAACAAUGGAGAUGGAAAUUAUUCGCAAAGGCAGGACGAUGAGAAGUGACGGCCGCUUUAAAGUCCACCACUCACGCCGUCCUCCAACCGCCAAGCUAAGUUUAGCUGUACGAAUGGAACACCUUAAAGAAAUUCGGGAUCAGCCUAACGACACCAGGCUCUUUAACCUCCUUUCGAAUUCGCCACGCCCACAUUCAUUACCGUCGCCUAAUUUGAGAUUCCCCAAGCUCGGGGAAGUUGCGACUUGGUUUGCGCUCAUCCAGACGAUUCGCCGCGACAUUCGAAUGCCGGUCCACGAUACGCAACACAUGUCCUGUUAACACAUCGAAGGAUCAUUGAAUCAUUUCUUGAUUGGGGGACACCCAACAGUCGCACGGCGCCAUGGGGCCAGCACGAUCACUGCGGCGCUCAAGCCCGCUCACGAUAGUAGUGGGAGUGAUAUUGUGCAUAGUAAUUUUCGUCUUUCUACUAUCCCCUUCGAGUGCGGAUACCGCAGCCGCAAAAUCACGACAGGCCAACGCCGCAUCGAAUCCUCUCUCUCCUCCCACAUCGCCCUUUCGAAAACAGGUCGACAAUGGCAAACGAGUUCCGCCUCCGGUGGUUCAUUACAAGAUGAAUAAUGUUACAAGUACGGGUGAUCCAGUUGGGAAUCGGGAAACCAUUCUCAUCCUCACACCGCUGGCACGAUUUUACCAGGAGUAUUGGGAUAAUCUCAUGAAGCUUACAUAUCCUCAUGAAUUGAUUACGUUGGCAUUUAUCAUUCCCAAAAACCGGGAGGGAAAUGCAGCCACGGCAGCCCUCCAGGAGCAGAUCACCAAGACACAGAAGACUGGGCCAGAAAAGCUUCGAUUUGCAAGCAUAAUCAUUGAGCGCCAGGAUUUUGAGCCUCCUCUAGCUUCUCAGGGUGAACAUGAGAGACAUAAGAUGGAGAAUCAGAAGGCUAGAAGGGCAUCCAUGUCGAGGGCUAGGAACUCGCUCCUCUUUACCACACUCGGACCUUCUACAUCAUGGGUUUUAUGGCUGGAUGCGGAUAUCAUUGAAACACCACCAAGCUUGAUUCAAGAUCUCGCCUUUCACGACGAACCCAUCAUCGUCCCGAAUUGCUUCCAAAGAUACGUGGAUCCCAAAACCAAGGAGAAGAAGGAACGGCCGUAUGAUUUCAACAGCUGGCAGGAUAGCGAUCAAGCAAAAGAAAUCGGGGCCAAAAUGGGACCUGAUGAUAUUUUACUGGAAGGAUACGCUGAAAUGGCUACAUACCGAACUUUGAUGGCAUACCUCUAUGCGGAAGGUGGUGAUCCAAAGGAUAAGAUUCCACUUGACGGUGUUGGAGGAACGGCGUUGUUGGUCAAGGCAGAGGUUCAUCGGGAUGGUGCUAUGUUUCCACCAUUCGCUUUUUACCAUUUGAUUGAAACGGAGGGUUUUACCAAGAUGGCCAAGCGAUUGGGGUGGAAUGCUUUUGGGUUACCUAACUACAGAGUACGUCAUUCAAUUAUGUCCAAUUCAUUCCAAACGAAGACUAACCAUUCCUUCAGGUGUACCAUUAUAAUGAGUGAGAGAUGUCUGGCACAAUCCCACAUCCAUCUACCUUUCGUCCUCCACGAAGAAGUCAAGAGAGAUGAAUAUUAUAAAGAAAGGGGGUUGGGGAGAAGUUUUAACGACAGGAAAAUGCUGUACAGAUAGAAAGAGAAAUAUAUCGGAAGGGGCAUUAGGAAAAGGGCAAACUAAGCGUUUUCUCUUCCCCUCUCUCUCUUUUUUCUUUCGUUAUGCGUGGCGUUUUGUGUUUAUGGUGAUGUCCCAGUAACAGACAGAAGAGGGGCUCUUUAUGAAGUCUAAUGAUGCUCUUAUGUGUGUUUACACAUACCUAUACCAUUAUAGAGGAGUUAAUCUUUUUGGGACUUGAGAGAUAUUUUGGUACGAGAAUGGAUGGUGAUUAUCUGGGGUCAUUCUGUGGUCUGAUGGGGUGUCGUGUUCUCUUUGUAAUCGUGAGGGAAUGUUUUUUUGAGAUGCCAUUUCGUCAAUAGUUGAUAAUCGCGAG